AUGAAUAGUGUUUGCUGCUCUCUUUGCUCUUUAGACGCAAUCUUUAUAUCUGUUUGUAGCGAAUUUGUAUGCCCAAAGCAUAUAUUUAUAUCUGAUUGUGGCAAAAUUUUAUGCCCAAAGCAUAAGUCUAAAGGGGAUGAACUAAAACGAAUAAAAAUCCCAAUCAACGAAGAAUCCAAAGCGAUGUUAUGAAAUUUUCUCUACACAUUAAAGAAGAAAAUUGAAGCCAGAUUUGAUGAACUCAUAAUAAAUCAGAAUAAUGAAAAGGACAAGGAAGAACUAAGGUUAAUGCAUAAGGCUUUGCAUGACUGCAAUCUUUUCAUGAUGAAUUUGCUGAAGAAGAAAUUUGUUGAGGCGAAGCUCAUUUUAAGUCCCUUUGAUUAUUUUUUAACUCAGCCAAAGGAAAAAACACAACAAUACAUAGAAAAGCUUAGAGACCGGAAUGAUUUAUUAAGAUUAUAUCGAUCAGCUAAAACGCAUUUAUUUGAUUUCAAUUAUUUUAAAUUUGAAGAUAAAAAGUUUAUUCAUGGCUGGGCUUAUAAGUCCUCUUACAAUCUGCACGAUCAUCUAUUGGAUUUCUGUAUUAUAGUAUUUUUGGAUUUUAUUAAAAUAGAGGAAUAUGAGAUGGCAUACGAAUUAUAUGAAAAUUUAAAAAGUUAUUUAGAAUUUUAUCAAAACUCUUCGGAUACAAUUAGAGAUAUUUUAGCUUUAUUUGGCGAAAUUUUAAAACAAAAAAUUAUGCAAAAAAAAGAUUAUCCCCAGCUAGAAGAACAAUAUCUCCAGCUCGAAGAACAAUGAAAACAAAUAUUAAUCAAAAAGAUUACUGAUAAUUUAUCAAAAAAAUUUGUUGAUAAUCAAUAUGAAAAUAUAAAUCCUUUAGAUUUUUUGGUAUAUUUAUAUCCUGAUAUAGUGCUUCAUCUGAUAUCUAAAGACAGUAAUAUUUUUGAUUAUUACUCUCGUAUCUCUGAUACUGCAAAAUUCUUUUCUCAAUUUUAUUCUGAAAAUACUGAAAAGAUAAUUAAACAAAAGCUAGGUUUGGAAAAAGAGCGCCAGCAAAAAGAUUCAUUGGAUAUUAAUGAGUUGGCCUGCUUUUUAGCCCUUAAAAAUGAUAAAUGGGUUAAGAGAGGUCUAAAACUAGCUGAAUCUAAAAUAGUUAAACCAUUUGGGCGUUUAUUUAGUAAAUUUUUUGGAAAAAAAAGUAAAAAAAAAGAUUAUUCUCAGCUCGAAGAAUCAAAACAAUUAUUAAUCCUAAAUCCUGCUGAUAAUUUAUCCAAAAAAUCAGAUGAUAUAAAUCCUAUCGAUUUGUUGAAAUAUUUAUUUUCGAAUAUGACACCUAUAGAUCCUAUAGAUUGUUUGGUAUAUUUAUUUUGUGAUAUAGUGCUUCAUAUGAUGUCUAAAGACUGUAAUAUUUCUGAAUGUUACUCUCGUAUCUCUCAUAUUGCAGAAUGCUUUUCUCAAUUUGACUCUAAAUAUAUUGGAAAUAGAAUUCACCAAGAGCUAGGAUUGAUCUAUUAUGGCAAUAAAAACUAUGGCGAAGCAAUAGAACAUUUUAUGAAAUCAAUUGAUUAUCAUAAAGAGCGCCUGGGAAAAGACUGAUCGGACAAUAAAGAGUUGGUCUGAGAUGAAUCCUUAAAAUAUUUAAUUGAAGCCUAUCGCUGAAAGGCAAAAGCACAUAGUGCACUAAAACAGAAUAAAGAGAUUAGAGAAAUUCUAAAACUAGUUGAAUCUAAAUGUUCAGAAACUAAAGAUAAACUUCUUUACGAUGCAACGAUUGGAGAGAUUUAUUAACGAUGACCCCCCUAAUCUUCAUGUCUAUUGCAACAAAAAUUUUUCGAAAAAAUGUUCAUGAACAUAACAUUUUUAUAAAAAAAAUUUAAUGCAUUUUUCUCUAGGUGAGUUUCUCAAAAAAACCUUAAAAACAGCGCUUCUUUAGGUGUGCCAAUGACCUUCUCAUCGAGAUUUGGACGGCUAUUGUCAUCGCUCGCCAUUUUAUUAAACUUAUCUAGCUAAAAAGUACGGAAAAAAUUUAAGAUGCGCAUCGAAAAUUUUUUGCGAGAGGAAUAGGAUUAGGAUUAUUACAGGCAGGCGCUAGCCAUAUUGGUGACGCAGUCACCAAAAAACCUCCCCUACAGAAGCUUCUACCGUCUAUCUCUCUUACGAGUGCUCUUCCGGCACCUUCUGUCUCCUCCUUGCCUUGUGGCUUCAGUCUUGAGUGGGCAGCUUAUGGAUUCUGCGGAUUUGCUACGGGCGAUUGGAGUAGCUUGAUUCUAAGGAUCAGCUCCUUGGAGUCUAUCGGGUGUCAAAGUGCCUUCCUUCGACAGCCACAGCAAAAAGACUGUUCCCCUGAGGUCUGGGCCGAAACCCCCAGUUUCUCGAUAGAGGAAAUGUCCAUGGGUCCUCGGAUCCAAAGGACGUUGUUGAUCACCUUCAUUUCCAGCCACAGGAAAGCAGCCAAAACCUACCCGGAUACACACUUCUUGAGCCUGCGUCUGAUUCUCGGCUUGGAGUCCUUCCAGUUCGCCGUAGCUAUAAGGUCUGGACUGUUGCUCCCAAGAGGGCAGGUUGACACGUGUCGACAUUUUAAUCUAUAUAAUUUGUUGCAAGAGACAUUAAGAUUGAGGGGAGUCAUCGUUAUUAUCUCUAUGAUUUUGAUAAAGCCUAUAAAAUAAUAUGAAAAUGCAUUAAAAUAUGUAAACAGAAAAAGUUUAUAAACUCGUACGAAUUAUCAAAUUUAAGAUUUUUAUUAGCAGAUAUUUAUGUCUGAAGAGGUGAUUUUAAAAAAGCACACGAAUCUCUUUGUGAAGCUAAAUCGUUCUACAGCAUUUUACCUAUAGCAGAUCCAAAUGAGCAAGAAAUUUAUAAAACAUUUGGAGUAUUCUAUUUAAAUAGGCAGUGCUAUGAUGAUGCUCUAAUAAACUUUGGAAAAAUAGCAAAUAGAUGACCUAGUCAUGAGCUGUUAUUUGCUAACUCACCCCUCCUUGAGAGAUCAAAACCAUUGGAAAAAUCCUUAUUUUUUGACCAAAAACCCACCCUCAGUGAGCGAAAAAAAAAUUUUUAUGAAAAAAUAAUUGAUAUAUAAGUGAUAAUUAAUAUAAUGAAAUAUCUAGCUAAUUCUGUUUAAUUUUAAACAAAUUGCGUUUUAAAAUAUAAAUUUUAUAAAUUAAAUUAAUAUUUGUUUUCCCAAUUUUUGCGAAUUAGGAUUUUUAAAAUUUUUAAAAAAAAAAAAAAUUAGCCCCCUCGUGAGCGAAUCUUUUUUUUUCUUCACUCACAGAGGGAGUAAGGUUUUCUAUGGGAAUUGCUUAUUUUUGAAAACUGGAUUAUCAAAAUGCACGGGAUUUUUUAAAUGAAGCAAAAAGCAUGAUGUCUAGUUAUACUGAAAGUAAUAAAAAUGAGCUAUUUAUUGCAAAUGCAUACCUUGGAGCAUUAUGCUAUCUUCAAGGCAAUUUAGAAGACGCUGAUAACUACUUUUUUGAAGCAUUUAAGCUUAUUGAUUACUAUGAUUUUUUAAAUAUUGAUAUGUUUCUAUAAUGCGUUGGAAAAUUUUUCUUAACGGUGUUGAUAGGAUCGGAUGAUACAAUUAAUUUUAAAAAGAAAUUUUAAUUGUUUUAGCUCAGUAUCUCAUAAUUCAUAUAAAACAAAGCUCGCUUUGUCAUGGUUCCGAUAGCCUGAAAUAGAGUAAUCUAUUUUAUGCUUACUUUGAUAGCUCAUAUUUUUUUAAUAGAAAAUAUUACACAUAGUCAUUCCUUUAGCAUGAAAAAGUUAUAAUCGCUAUUUAAAAUUUAUUUUAAAUUAUAAAAAUAUAAGUCCCGGCUUGCGCUUAUCUGCUACAUCAUUAAUUUAUUUUUUUUUAAAAUUUAAAAGUCGAAGAACUUUUUGCAUAACCAUAAGCUUUUUUAAACAUUUAAAUUUAAACUUAUUAUUCAUAGCUCUUCAUUUUCCACACAUUGGAUUUGAGUACAACUUAAACGAGAAGUGCCAUUUUUAUCAAAUUUUUUUUCAUCUAGCAUUUCUUUUUGAAAUUUAUUGCAUCAUCAGAUCGAUCAACACCGUAAGACAUUUUUUUCAACGCAUUAUAAAUCCCAAAGAUUUGUCUUUAGUUAUUUUUAUACAAAAUCUGAUUACGAAAAAUGUGAAACUAUUUUGUUGAGAUUUAAUGAAAUAUUAGAAAAUUACAAUCAUCUGAAAUUUAGAAUGCCUUUAUAUUUUAUUCAACUAGCAGAGCUUUUUAUAGCUUGAAAUAAAAAGGAACAAGCAAAAGAGUGUUUGAUUAAAGCUGAAAGGUUAUUGAAUAUAGACAAAAUUGUAUUAUUUUCUAAAGCAUCUAUAAAAAUCAAUGACCUAGAUUGUAUAAGUGACUAUAUAGAUAUUGCCAAAAUUUAUAUUUAUUUAUUUAAUAUUUCUGAUGAAAGUCUUAGAAAGGCAGAAAAAAUUUUAAAAUACGCUGAAGAGGUUGUUAGCGAAAAGAGACGCAAUGAUCAAUUUUCGAAACUAGAUGUUUAUAUAUUGCUUGGUGAUCUAUAUUUUAAAACGCAAAGAUAUAAAAAGUCAAAACGUUAUUUUAGCAAGGCAUUAGAUUUCCAGAAAAAAUUAACCAUAACUUAA